GCGGCAGGACGACUGGAGGAUUACACAAUUAAUUCGUAAUUUAAUAAAAUUAAAAUAGAAGGCGAUUUGUUGCUUAGAGAUGGAUUCCCUCGGUGUUUGGACUUUAGUAAUAAUAUUGUACCAGACGGUGGCGUGCGCGCUGGUGAGCUGGCUGGCGCUGGGCUGCCGGCUGGCGCCGCGCGCGGGCGAGCUCGCCGAGCUGACGCUGCUCAAGCUGCUGUACCUAUACGAGCCGCGCGCCUGUAACGCGCCCGCACUCUACAACUACACGGUGCGCUCGCCCGCCGGCGCGUCGCUCUCCGCGCUCGCCUGGCCCGCGCACAGCCCGCCCGCCGCCGCCUUCCGCAGCAAGAUGCAGUUGUGGCUCGGGCUGCACGUAGCGUGGCUGGCGCUGGCGGCGGCGCACGUGGCGCAGCGCCGGCGGCCGUGCGCGCUGUACGGCGCGCUGCUGCCCGCCUGCUGCGCCGGCGCCGCGCUACUGCUGACUGACCUGGUGCAUGCCGCACUCUUCAUCAUCGACAUCCGCCACACGAGCACAGAACAAGAUAUUUUCGAGUACAUCGAGUCCGGCGGCGGCGGUUUACGGUGGCUGAGCGGGCGCGGGCGCAGCGGGGGGCAGACGGGAACGCACCCUCAGGCGGACACGAGCUGGGCAGGUGCGCUGCUGGCCUACGCCAGCUGUCGUGGCGUCGUACACUGGUUUAUCAACUUCUGGCUCCUCAAAGACAACUACCUAGAAAGCCUCGUCGCCUACCGUAAAAUGCAAAAUGAAAAAUUGCAACAAAGAAGUAGAUACAGCGAUUGAGAUCUGACAAGUUUCAUAAUUAAAAAACGUCUUGUACAAA